CAAACACACGGAGAAAGAGAGAUAGAGUGAAAAGGAGUCGGAGCACGGAGGGGACGGACCGGAAUAUUCUCAGGAUAUGAGACUGAAUGAAAACGCAGAUGAAGUGAAGAAGAGGAACAGCCGCCCUCGGAUUUUAGAGAAGAAGAUUUGAAAGGCGAAUAUUCGGCUGUUGGAGGAGAUAUUUCCACACGGAGGAGAGAGACAUCUCGCCGACCAUGCAGCACUACGGGGUGAACGGCUACUCUCUCCACGCCAUGAACUCACUGAGCGCCAUGUACAACCUUCACCAGCAGGCGGCGCAGCAGGCACAGCACGCACCUGACUACAGGCCCUCGGUGCACGCGCUCACUCUUGCAGAAAGACUGGCUGACAUUAUCCUUGAGGCCCGCUAUGGCUCCCAGCACCGAAAGCAGCGGCGCAGUCGGACAGCCUUCACGGCCCAGCAGCUGGAGGCUCUGGAGAAAACCUUCCAGAAGACCCACUAUCCUGAUGUGGUGAUGCGUGAGCGCCUGGCCAUGUGCACCAACCUGCCCGAGGCCCGUGUGCAGGUGUGGUUCAAGAACCGUCGGGCCAAGUUCCGUAAGAAGCAGCGCAGCCUGCAGAAGGAGCAGCUCCAGAAACAGAAAGAAGCGUCCGGACCUGCAGACGGUUCUACGGAGGACUCCAAGACUGACCUCACCACCACCACCACCAACACCACCUCCACCACCACCCUGAUUCCCGAAGCCCGCACUCCUCCUCCUCCCUCCUCCUCUUCGUCCUGUCACUCCGAGACGGAGAGGCUGGCCGCAUCGCGGCCCCAGCCCGGCGAGAUGAGUGUGGAAGUAAACGUCACCUCCCCUGAGCCAUCGGACAGCGAGUCAGCAGCGGAAGAUAACGCUGACAGGGAGGAGGACGAGAUGAGAGCCGAGACGAGGGGGAAAUUCAGGGAGGAGACGCAGGGGGAGGGGGGAGCCCAGGCAGGGAGCAGCUCCCCGUCCUGCAAACGGCUGAGCCCCACAUCAGACUCUCCCUUGAGCUCCCCCGCGCUGCCGUCCUCCAGCAGCGUAACCAGCGGUUUGGCACAGAGCAACUCCUACGCCUCAUCGCCCCUCAGCCUCUUCCGGCUGCAGGAGCAGUUUCGUCAGCACAUGGCUGCCACCAACAACCUGGUGCACUACCCAUCCUUUGACAUGAGCACGCCCUCCUCCCUGCCCUACCUGGGCAUGAACGUCAACAUGCCUUCCCCACUGGGCUCGCUGCCCUGCCAGUCCUACUACCAGACGCUGUCACAGGCCCAGCAGGUGUGGAACAGCCCGCUGCUGCAGGCGGCACCCGGAAGCCUCCCAGGAAGCCUCAACAGCAAAACCACGAGCAUCGAGAACCUCCGCAUGAGGGCCAAGCAGCACGCGGCAUCCCUGGGAUUGGACACGCUCCCCAACUGAAGCUUAGGCUUUCCUGGCUUCGUGUCUUCCCUCUAAGUCAAGGCCCGAGCUUAAAGUUAUGGGCCCUGCAUUCAGGAGGUGACUCUGGCUUCCUCACCAUUCUCCUUCUCACCUCUCGCAACAACUGUAUGAAUCCAUCCAGAACUCAGACUCACAUCUAGACACUGAUGAGAAAUAGCUCUAAUUCAAGAUCACGAUUUUUGCCUGCUACUCAAAAAACUUAUUAUAUGAACACAAUAUAUCCUCUGUUGAAAAUCUGUACACAUUUCGAAUGUGUGUUCAUAUCAUUUAAUUGAACUGUUAGGAACGAUGUUUUAUAGACAAAUACAUGCUAUCUCAAAGCCAGAGCACUACAACAAAGAGUAGAGAGGAGAAAUUUGAGAAGCACACAUUUGGACCGCUAAGCGUGCUUUAGAUCAAUCACUUUAGGGGCCCCCCUCACAGCUUGGGGCCUUCAGUUGCCAACUCGCAUACUCCCCUUCACCUCAUCGCCAUCGUAUGGGCAUGCGGCUCACUGCUGGGAGCGCAACAAAAUGUGAAGAACAUCUCUGCUGGAUAGACUAAAUGGAAAAUAAGAUUAUGACGAGAACUCAAUGGAAAAAAAUCCCACCUGGGCUGUGACUGAACAGUACCGUUGGCCUGUGGGUCUCACCACGUUCUGACUCCUCUCGAUCAACUGCAUCGUCACGUUUUUCUGAUGCUAACUGCUCACUGUGAUUCGAGCCUCCCCUGUAAAGUCGACGCAGGCAGCUUGAACACCAGAGCUCCUCCAGGGCAAAUGUGACCUCAUGAAACAUUCUAUAACCCCAGAACAUGGACUAUGCAUGCAUGAACUUAUCUGAAGCAUGGCUUACAGCCCCACAACACCAUCAUCAUGGCAUCAGCAGGUAAAUAAAAAUCUGACGUCAGAGGUAAAGCUCCGAUCCGUCGAUAUAAACCUAAUUUCUAUGUAGAUGACAGUUGUGUCUCCUGGUCCCAGGUCACAGCUGCAAGAAUCCAUUGAGCUUUGUAAAUAUUCCCUCAGUGUUCGCCUGCAUCUGCCUGGUCACACACAAUCUCCACAUGUCUCCUUUUUGUGGGAAAGAUUCGGAGGGAAACAUUUUCCCAAAUUCAUUUUUCAACUGCAGCUUUAAGCAAAGGACCUAACAUCUGGACUGAAAGAAGGGAGAAUCUGCAGAUGAGGCGCAGCGGCGAAUAAAUACAAGCCCAGACGACAUAUAUUUCCGUUGACACGGGCACGGGUUGGAUCGAACUUUUCCUGGGCCUGUGGCUUCUGUUAGAAAAAAAAAUAAAUAAAACACACACACAGGCUACUUCUCUAUGUAUUAUAUCACUGUAGAUUCAAAACAUGUAUUUCUGAAUUGUUUUAAAUGUGAGUAAUUUAUCUGUUUAAUGCAAGGGAAUAAAUCACAUAAGAAGGA